AAGUGGAUUGUGUAAAUUAUAUAAUCAUUAACUGGAGGUUUUAAAAGUAUAAACUGCAGCAUCAUUUAACGACAUCCAAGUCCAAAAUCUAAAUCUGUAGCAACGUCACUGGAGGUAGCAGCCAUCUUGGAUUGCAUAUGUGAGGAUUGGGGUUCGCCAGCUGAGGUUGUGGGAAUGAAUUUCGAUUCUUUUUUUAAGAUACUUGUUAAUGUUUAAAAUUUUUGAAGUGGUGUUUAAGGAAUCGCACACCGGUUUCUGCUGUUUACCACAUAAUCCGAUUGAAUCUUGCAUCAUUUGUUCACAUAUUGAAGAGGAAACAUGAACCCCUCUGAUCAUGGGUUUAACCCAGCCUUCAACAUGGCUGCAAUUAAACAAGUUAUUAAUGAAGCUGUGGAAAGGGUGAGGAUGCCUACUCCUAUGCGGCUAAGGGAUCUAAUUAGACAGAUACGGGCCGCACGGACGGCAGCAGAAGAACGUGCAGUCAUAAACAAAGAAUGUGCUUAUAUCCGUUCAACAUUUCGUGAAGAAGAUAGUGUCUGGCGCUGUCGAAAUAUUGCCAAAUUGCUGUACAUACAUAUGCUUGGGUAUCCAGCACACUUUGGUCAGCUAGAAUGCCUGAAGUUGAUAGCUUCACAACGGUUCACUGACAAACGAAUUGGAUACUUGGGUGCCAUGCUGUUGUUGGAUGAACGCCAGGAUGUUCACCUACUGAUCACGAACUGCUUAAAGAAUGAUCUGAAUAGUUCAACACAGUUUGUCGUUGGUCUUGCAUUGUGUACCUUGGGUGCCAUUGCAUCGCCUGAAAUGUCUCGUGAUCUGGCCUCUGAGGUGGAACGGCUAAUGAAGUCACCAAAUGCAUAUAUUCGCAAGAAAGCUGCAUUAUGUGCAUUCCGUAUAAUUUGUAAAGUUCCAGAAUUAAUGGAGAUCUUUCUCCCAGCAACACGGUCAUUACUGUCAGAGAAAAAUCACGGUGUUUUAAUUACUGGAGUCACCUUAAUCACAGAAAUGUGUGAAAACAGCCCUGACACAUUAAGUCACUUCAAAAAGGAUUCCGGUCACCGUGAGAUUGUGCCGAACUUGGUUCGUAUUCUAAAAAAUCUAAUACUAGCAGGAUAUUCUCCGGAACAUGAUGUCUCCGGUGUUAGUGAUCCCUUUCUUCAAGUUAAGAUUCUGCGUCUGCUGAGGAUAUUGGGGAAGAAUGAUGCAGAAGCCUCGGAAGCAAUGAAUGACAUUCUUGCUCAAGUGGCAACAAACACUGAAACUAGCAAGAAUGUUGGUAACACAAUCCUCUAUGAGACAGUUCUGUCCAUUAUGGAUAUUAAAUCUGAGAGUGGUUUGAGGGUUCUUGCAGUAAAUAUUCUGGGAAGGUUUCUACUAAAUAAUGAUAAGAACAUUCGUUAUGUAGCUUUGAAUACACUUCUGAAGACUGUAUACAUUGACACUAGUGCUGUACAGCGGCAUAGAAGUACCAUUCUGGAGUGCCUCAAGGACCCUGAUGUGUCCAUUAGACGGAGAGCUCUCGAGCUAAGUUUUGCACUUGUUAACUCCAACAACAUCCGGACAAUGAUGAAGGAAUUGCUAGUGUUUCUGGAUAAAGCUGACCCUGAGUUCAAAGCCCAGUGCUCAUCCAGCAUCGUUCUAUCAGCAGAGCGCUUUUCUCCAAAUAAGCGCUGGCAUUUAGACACAUUACUCAAAGUGCUUGUGGCAGCUGGUAACUAUGUCAGGGACGAUGUGGUGUCAUGCACAAUCCAGUUGGUCUCAGAGUCAACAUCACAGCAGGGCUACAUUGUAGAGCAACUGUGGCAUGCGCUCGAGCAAGACACAAUGGACCGGCAACCACUGACACAAGUUGCCACUUGGUGCAUUGGAGAAUAUGGGGAUCUGCUUCUGUAUGGACCUUCGGCCAGUGAAGACAAUGCCAUCAGGAUAACAGAGGAUGAUGUGAUAGCAGUGUACCAGAGAUUAUUAUGGUCUACACAGAAUACAAUCAUUACCAAGCAGUAUGCACUCUUAUCACUUACAAAACUCAGCACACGGUUCCAUGCAGGCAAUGGUAAAAUAUGUCAAAUCAUUGACACAUUUGGUAGCCAUCUGCAUAUUGAGCUUCAGCAGCGUGGGGUGGAGUUCUCCCAACUUUUCCGCAAGUAUGAGCAUCUACGACCAGCAUUAUUGGAGCGGAUGCCGCCAUUGGAGACUGCACGACCCACUGGUGCAAAUAACCCUGCUGCUGUGACAAAUGGUGAGACAUCAGAAGAUCUAGAUGCAACAGGAGAUGAGGGCAACCUUCUUAUAGAUGGCAGAAAGGGAUUCGGUGAAUCAGAAGCACAUGACUCGAAUGCCCUGUUGGUUCUUUUGGGAGGUGCAGACAGUGUUGAAAAUGAUGUCACGCAUCAGAAAGAACCCAGUAAACCUGCCAGCACAGACAAUCAGGAUCUUCUUGAUCUUCUAGGUGGAUUGGACCUGAAUAGUUCUGCUCCUGUACCAGUAGCUGUUCAGAACAACAACAACAUUCUCCACAACACAAACCAAAGCUCUAACUUCUUAGUGGAUGGUCUUCUGAACAAUGAACCUGUUACAAAGAAUUUGCCAAGCAUCACAGCAUAUGAAAAGAAUGGUCUGAAGAUAGUGUUCUUGCUGGAACGUCUGCCAGAAAACCCCAACAUGACAGUUAUUACAAUGUCUGCCACGAAUGAAACCCUUAAUCCCAUGAGCGAGUUCCUGUUUCAAGCUGCUGUGCCUAAAACAUUCCAGUUGCAGAUGUUGUCUCCGUCAAGUACUGUGUUAGCACCUGCUGACCAGGUAACGCAAGUUCUUCGGAUCACAAACCCUAAUAAGACAGCCCUUCGUAUGCGUAUUCGAGUAUCUUACAGUGCAGGAGGUACAACAAUACAGGACCAAGCAGAGGUGAAUAAUUUUCCGCCAGAGAGUUGGCAGUGACCUUGUGCCGCAUGAGGAGCAUGUAGGUGUUAGUCAUAUGCUAUUGUUCUUCAGUCAAUUGGAAGGCAAGUAAGUGCCAUCUUGGCCUAAUGAUGGCCAGUCUGAUUGCUGGGCAGCUCCAUGGAGGCAGAGUGUACUUAAUUACAUCCAUUUUAUGAUGAUGUAGGAACUCAGGCCUGCCAAGCUCCCAUGGUGCGAGUAUCAUUACGUAGACAUCAUAGUUAACACUUCCAAACAGGUAACAUCAGGUAAUGAGCUCAGGACCAACCAAAAGGAAUUAAAAGAGCUCAUUUAAAUGGGGGGAUUGUAAUGAAUGUUUUGUUUUAUCAUACAUUUUGAGAAGUGUAAUAUCUAAUGUAUUUCUUGUUUAUAUUGUUUUCUGUGAAGUGAUCUGAACAUGUGCUGCACUAUUUUCUUAAUAUGCUGUAGUGUACAUAGUCUGGACAUUGAUUGACUAUACAGAUUUAUGCUACUGAAUUUUCUCGAGUACCCUGCACCGUUAGAUAACCUAAUGCCCAGCUCUUUGAGAAAUAAAAGGUAAAAAAGUUAUAUGAAUUUAUUAAAAUAUACAUGUCAAGUAUAAGUGUACAAAAUACAUAGUGCAUGCCUUUGGUGCUCUGUUUAGCAGAGUUCAUGCAUUAGUACCUCACAGAUUACUAUCCAUUCAUAAACUGCUGUUGCUCAUGGAUUGGCAUGUGGGUACAUGAAAGAGAUAGAUUUCAAAGUUAAAAUGGCACUUGGUGAGAGUAAUGUUGCAUUCCUCAUCACAAAUAAUCCACACAUCCCACUUCUCUUUAUAAAACAGUAUGUGGGGUAUUCAAGAAAAUACCAUAUUUUCCGAAGUUCUGAGUUUGUCACGUACAAAAUAAAUGAAAAAUUAACAGUGAAAUAAUGUUGGUAUUAAUAUUCUUCAUAGUGAUCAUGUGAGUGAUACGUGAAGAGGGAAGCAGAUAAGCAGGAUGAGCGCUGGGUUGUCAGUCGUUAAUGCACUUUAUUCAUUCAUGUUUGUAGCUACCUGCUGUGAAGUAAUCAUUUUGGGAUUGUCAAUGAGUAACACUGUGAUAAUGGACAGGUGGAAGAUAGUGAACACACAGACACAGCAAAAAGUGGCCAUAUUUUGUGUCAGAAAAUUUUUAUUUCUUUUUCUCACCUGACAGAUGGUGUUAUAGCUCUGUUUUAUGUACACAUACACACAUACUUUGUUCUGUAUGCAUUGCUGUUUCAUUUUCUUGAUUUUUUAAGGUAUGUUUGUGUUUUGGUUCCUUUUCCUCCUCCUCCUCUUCUCAACAUGAAGGUAAUGUAGCAGCUGCCUGUUUCCUUGAAUAAGAAUGUGGGUAGUAUUUUGAACAGGACAUUAAUUUACUUAUAAUAAAUAUACAUUUUUAUAUGUAAUAAUGAUCUAGGUAGCUUCCAAAAUGUAAGCUAUAAAUUAUUACAUAUUGGGACAAAAUGCUUCAUCAGAAGUAAAUGUUUUUAAAGCGAAUAGAAUGAAUAUUAUUAAAGAAGUACAAGUACAGUAUUCAUAAAAAUAUGAAGUGCAGAAAAUGUGUUAUAAACUAGUGUUCCCUGUAUCUCUUUGUUGUAGUGCAGUGGUAGUGCUGUAGUGACAUCCUGCCUCAGUAUUUGUAUGGGAACUUCUCUUUUGUAGUAUUAGAUAAAGUUUU